AUGCUGACGAACAAAUGCAGGCUUCCGGAUGCGAGCGUCACCUCAGCAGGCAUCACAGAGGAUGUUGCGGCGCUGGGUCAAAUCGGCGCUGGUGGGACAGAGUUCCUGAAUUGGUUCGGUUCACCCACGGGCAACCCUCCUUCGAAUUGGACCAUCUAUGGGUACGGCACCCCUGAGUAUGUCAGAGUUCUGAAAGCCGCCAUGAAGGCACAUUUGGACAAUGGUCUUACCUUCGACUAUGCAAUGAGUAACAACGGAGCGGUCCCAGCCGCGUACAACAAUCCGGGCCUAGCCUGGGCACUAAAAUCGAGCAACAUAACUAUCAAGAACGGCAAUUACACCGGCAAGCUACCUGGCUGGGGAAGUGGAGAGUUCCUUGCGGCUCAAACCUAUGCAGUUCUGAGCUUGGAAUCAGUCCUUGAUGACGUCGCCAGCCCAUGGGGCCCGCCGAAACGCUACCCUCAGUAUACAAUCUCCAACGCAUCUGUCAUGGAUAUCUCGAGCUUGGUGACAUCCAAUGGAACGAUAACCGUCACGGCCGACGAGGUCAAGAACGCUCAUUCUUAUGUCCUUCAAAGCUGGUAUAUGUAUCAACCGCUCGGCCGUGAGAUAAUUGCAGCCAGUAACCCGUCUAGCUACCUUUAUAACGGAUCCCUUUAUGUGGACCACUUUUCUGCGACUGGUGCAAAGGUGAUCACAGACUUCCUACAGAAGCAUGUCCUUGUUGAUGGUGCUAAGGAACUUCUGCAAGAAGUGGGCCACUAUCUGUGGGAAGAUAGCGUUGAGAUUCCAGCAACUACAUUCUGGACUCCAGGCCUGGAGGAGAUCUUCGAGAGGGAACAUGGCGUAAGUUCAAUCCGUGCACUUGCUAAGACGGCUUCUGAUUAUUCUAAGUACACCAUUAUCCCGUAUCUUCCGCUCCUUCAAUCAGUCGCGGGCUAUCAGGCUGAUCAGCCGGUUGUCUCAGUCCGAACGGACACUAUCGAUGGCGGCGCAGGGGUUGUUGAUGACUUUCUCUCAACACUAACUGGCCGUCUCCAAUCCUACUACGAGUAUAUCGUCGACUGGACUCACUCUUUGGGUCUGGAGUUCUCCGGACAGAUGGGAUACAACCUCCCGGUCGACAUGUUACAAGUAGUCCCAGUUGCGGACGCCCCCGAGUGCGAGACUCUUUCGUUUCAGAACCAGAUCGAUCCCUUCUUGCAAUUUUCGGGCCCCGCAGACUUGUCUGGCAAGCAAAUUAUUUCCAUCGAGUUGGGUGCCGAUUAUAGGACGCCUUUCUCGCAGACGUGGAAACGUCUGCUGAACGACGCAAAGCAUUCCUUUGUCGGCGGUGUUAACCAAGUUGUUAUACACGGCGCGGACUAUACGCACAACUUCACCCAAACUACCUGGCCUGGCUACACAACCCACAACUAUGACUAUCCUGAGCACUCCAGGCGUCAACCUGGUUGGCAGGUGGGACACCCUCAAGCUUUGGGCUACCUUAGCCGAGUCCAGUGGGUGCUGCAAAGUGGAACACCAAAACUAGACUUGGCUUUCUGGGAUAAACAAACACCGCAAGCCGGAUACCCGUUCCCUUUGUACCGUCCAUUAGAUCUUGUCAACGCUGGGUACACAUAUGAGUACCUCUCUCCUGAGAACUUCGCCUUAGAGAAUGCGUACGUCAGUGGAGGACUUCUUGCUCCAAUAAGACAGGCUUUCAAGGCCCUAGUGGUUCGCGGAAAUGAUACAUUUACGCCCGACGGGGUGCACCACUUGGUCAAAUAUGCUAAGGCCGGUUUACCCAUCAUUGUUUCCGGACCUAUGGAUUCAAAAUAUGCCACAGCAAAGAAGGCCGAGAUCGAAUCUGCGAAUGAAUCCUUUAAAAACCUUUUGAACUAUGGGAAUGUCCACCAGGUUCCGUAUGAGAAUCUGACUCGGAACAUUGCUGCUCUUGGCAUCCAACCUAGAUCACGUAUUCAAUCCAACGGUACCUGGUACACGAGAUGGCGACAGCUUUCUAACGGUGACGUUUACGUAUUCCUGUACAAUGAUGGUGACUACAGCAACGGAACUGUCAGCUUCCACAAUUCUGGUACACCUUAUUCUUUGAACGCCUGGACGGGGGAGGAAACGCCCAUCGUCGAGUAUGUGAGGAGUGGGGGGUGCACGACUAUAUCAUUGGAGCUCCAGAAUGAAGAGACCAGAAUUAUUAAGUUCACCAACUUAGAAGCCUUGAAGGUGCAUGCGCUCUCUAGCGCUGCUGCCGUAUUGGGGUACAAAGCAAGCAAAGAUUCACUCCAGGCGCAAGUCACAGCCUCCAAGAGCUCCACAGUGAGCCUAUCUUCCGGCAAAAUGGUACGAAUUGGGAGAGUAUGUGCUGGUCCCACCAGAAAGCUCACAAGUUGGAACCUCACGAUUGAACAAUGGGGACCUCCAGAUGAUUUCUUCAACCUAGAAAUAAGUUCUAAGAAGGUUAACAUUACCGCCAACCACCCUGAAGGCUCUCUCCAAUCGUGGUACAACCUCGGGCUGACAAACGUAUCUGGUAUCGGAUACUACACGGCAAAUUUUAGCUGGUCCUCGUCAAAAUGCAACAGCAGAGACACUGGAGCAUACCUCUUCCUCCCGUCUGUUGACCACGGUAUAGCUGGUUUCCUAAACGGCAAGCCACUGCCUAAUUUUGAUAUCACGAAUCCACGUUUGGAUAUUUCAUCAUACCUCGCUCCAGGGACGAAUUCGCUGGUCCUCAAAGUAUCCUCCACUCUAUGGAAUGGUAUCAUCCCAUACUGGGGCAAGAUAAGAACAGCUGGAGGAGGCCCUGCGAGUGCAUUGAGUGUGCUCCCAGCAGUGCAGCAUUACGGUAUCAUAGGCGAAGUGACCAUUGUACCGUAUGAAUUAGUGAGAUUAGUAUGA